GGAAGUAGUCGUAUUUGGGAGGCGGUAGUUGAAAACUAGAAAGUUAGUUUUAAUCUGAUCGUCUUGAGAUUCGUUACAACUAUGCCAUGAUUACAACAGACGGUUGGAUAUGACAGCGAUGUUUGGAUCAUAAGUUUUCCAUCAUGCCACCAAUUGAGGUAUUAUCUGACUUGGUACCGAGAAAUGGAGGCGACCAGGUUCUCGUCGACUUUCUUCUUCCUCAAGGAAUAAUUAUUCCACUGACGAUCAGCUUCUUUCGGCCCCUUGAUGUUGUCAAACAGAAACUGUGGACUGAAGCAGAAAAGUACCCACUCUUCCAUCUGCUGAAGAAAUCUGAAUCCUACAGCUUUGUGUGUAUUAACAAACAAGGAGAGAAGGAAGAGAUUCUAAAUGAAGACCAGUGUCUCAAUGACAUCCGUAUGUUCUGUACAUUCCUUAAACUUGUGGAGAAGCAAGGGGAUCAAAAACGCAAAACUCUGAACAAGAACAUCAGCCAUCUGAUUGGCAGAGAGCCACAUACCGUGGAGAACUGGCAUGCGGCAGAAGCGGCAGAUUUUACACAGAAGAUGCAACAGAUGUGUGACGGCUUCGUACUCAGCUUGAAACGAAAAAGUUGGAAGGAAAUUCUUCAGACGAAACAUCCGCCUCGCUUACGCCGGUCAUCGGAACUUCCAGAGAAACUGAACGCUCGCCUUGAGAAUGGUUCUGUUGUCAUUGAUGUUCUUGUUCAAGAAACAGGGGCAGAGUACAAAUUCCGUGUUCCAGCCAUGAGCUGUCCCGACAUCGUUGUCCAACAGAUUCUCAACACGUGGACAUCAUCCUCAGGACAACAGGUCGACAUCAACGAACCAAAAUAUCUACUCAAAGUGUCGGGCAUGGAGGAAUACCUGUUUGGCAAUAACCCACUUCAGCAAUUUAAGUAUGUGUACAACUGUCUUGUCAAGAAGGUGCAUCCUCGGUUCUGCCUCGUUCCUGCUAAAGACACUGCUCCUGCUGUGCCACCACGAAAGAUGAGCACCAUCUUAACGGGUGAAAAAUCGACAAGAGACCGAGACAAAUGCGUGUGGGAUUUCGCCGACCCGUUCCACAUCACGGUUAAAGCACUUCAUAAGACCGGACUUCUUGAUGGAAAUAAGGUCAAGCUGUUGGUUGGUUUGUUUCACGGCAGCGAAGGUUUGUGCACGAUUCAGAAGGUCACGGACCUUGUGGUUCAGGACGGCUCGUGUAGCGUGAAUGCUGAUCUGAUGUUUGACUUGCCGCUCAAAGAUGUACCCCAGAUGGCCCGACUCUGCUUCACUCUCAACGCUAUCAAGAAGUCAAGCAAGGAUUUGACGCCGAUCGCAUGGGUGAAUGUCGCAGUAUUCGACUUCCGAUCUCACUUGAUGCGCGGAGAGAGGGAAAUACCCAUGUGGCCAAUCACAGAUGAUCUGCAGAUGGAAGAAGGCUGCUACCCAAUUGGAUCAGUGUCUCCUAACCCCUGGGGAAGCGAUGGUGUCAAGUUGAUAAUCAACUUCCCGGACUUUAAUAUAAAGCAGCACAUCACAUACCCAGCAUUUGACAAGGAAACCAGUUCCUAUGUAAUGCCAGAUGGUGCCAUUGUGCUUGAAUUCGCUGCUCAAAACAUGGAACCAAGUGGUGCCCCAGGAUCUGCGAAUAUGAAAGCGAGCAAGUCCCAUAUAGAGCAGCUGCGACAGAUGGUGAUCAAGGACCCACUGACCCCUCUGUUCGAGCAGGAGAAGGAAUUCAUCUGGAUGCUGAGAUACGAAUGUAUGGAGAAGUUCCCCAACUCGUUGCCCAAAGUCCUGCAAUCGGUCAAGUGGAAUAACCACAGCGAUGUGGCCAAUGUUGUGGCAUUACUGCAGAGUUGGUCUAGAUUACCGGUCGACUACGCCAUUGAGUUGAUUGACUACAACUACCCCGAUAUGAACGUCCGCAAGUUCGCAGUUGACUGCUUGGACCAGGCCCUCAGUGACGACGAGGAACUGUCGCAGUAUUUGUUACAGCUGGUUCAGGCGUUGAAGUACGAGACGUACAUGUGCUGCCCCCUGGUGAAGUUUCUGCUGAGACGCGCACUUAACAAUGAACACAUCGGGCACCACCUCUUCUGGCUGUUGAGGUCUGAAAUGCACAAUCCGACAGUGACUGUCCAAUUCCGACUGAUCCUGAAGGUGUAUCUGCACGCCAACACAGGGCAUCUGAGUGAGCUUGUCAGACAACAGGAGGCCCUGACGAAACUCGCGUUCGUCAACACGCUCAUCAAGAGUGAACGCUACAACAUGACUGAUAUGAAAGUGCGAGAGAAAGCCCGGGUUGAUAUGCACAACGUCCUCAAACAGAAAUCCUACGUGUUGAUCUUGUCCAAUCUAGUGAAUCCGCUAACCCCUAGACUUCGACUCAAGAAUCUCAUAAUAGAGAAGUGUCAUUUCAUGAACUCCAAGAAACGACCUCUCUGGCUGGUGUGGGAGAACGAAGACACGAACGGGCUUCCCAUAUCCUGCAUAUACAAGAAUGGCGAUGACUUACACCAGGACAUGCUCACAUUGCAGAUGUUACAAAUAAUGGAACAUCUCUGGCAGUCAGAGGGACUUGAUCUCAGGUUAAAUCCGUAUGGUUGCGUAGCGACUGGCCAGGAUCAGGGAAUUAUUGAAGUUGUCGACAAAUCGAUGACGAUCGCAGAUAUCCAGAAGAAGUACAGCUCAGGAGCGCUGUCUGCAUUCAAACGAGAAGUACUCUUCAAAUGGCUCUGUGAGUUCAACAAUACUGACGAACAACUGGACGAGGCGGUGGAGGAAUUCAUCAUGUCCUGUGCUGGCUGUUGUGUUGCGACGUACGUGCUCGGCAUUGGGGACCGUCACAACGACAACAUCAUGCUUAAGCAGUCGGGCCAGCUCUUCCAUAUCGACUUUGGUCACUUUCUUGGGAAUUUCAAGAGCAAGUUUGGAAUUAAGCGAGAGAGAGUGCCGUUUGUUUUGACAACUCACUUUAUCUUCGUAAUCACCAAAGGAGAUACCUGCAAAGAAAACUUUUACAGGUUCCAGGGAAUGUGCGAGCAGGCCUACCUGAUCCUCCGAAAGCACACACACCUGCUGUUCUCGCUCUUCAUGAUGAUGCUGUCGUCGGGAAUCCCGCAGCUCAUGUCGACGAAGGACAUCGACUAUCUCCGCGACACGCUGGUCCCGCACCUGUCUGAGGAAGAGGCCCUCAAACACUUCCGGGAAAAGUUCCGGGAGGCUCUCCAGAACAGUUGGAAGACAACGGUCAACUUCGCCAUUCACAUGCUGGCCACCAAAUAACGAUGGGGAGUCUUACUUCUUGAGAUUAGAUUGAAUACUUUGGGAGAUCUGCCAUAUGAUAAUGAAUAAUGAUGCGGAGUCUUAGUUCUCACGAUUACAGAUUGAUUACCUCGGCAGACCUGGCCUGUUGUUUAUAAAAGUUUCAGAGUCAAGACUCAAGACAAAUAGAACCUGAGACUUUUAGGGUCAUGACAAUGCCAUACAAAUUGUAUGCAUUUGUGACGUCAUUAAAGAUCGAGUCUGGACUCUUAAACGUUUUUUAUAAGCACGGGCCGUUGUACGAUAACAAAUAACGAUGUGAAACUUACGUCUGGAGAAUACAUCAGUUAUCGUUUGUCGUUUACCUGGUGCUGAAUAAAUUAUCAAGACUGUGUUUAGCUUAAGCAGCGUUCUCAUUAUGUGAUUAGUCGCAAGGACUUGUCGCAUGCAAUUUGUCGGCCCUACAAAAAUCGGAACGUAUAAGACUAAAUUCAUUCUGAUUUAGGUGUUACCUUAACACAGUGAAAAUACCCCUUUAAAAAGUUAGUGGGGGGUGGCGGGGGGGGGGGGGGGGGG